AUUUAUAGAAUAGUUUUUCUUUGGAUUUCUAAAUUAAAAGAGUAUAUACUUACAAUGGCCUUAUUUACAACAUUCAAUUUGUUUGAAUUAUUUAUUGCAUUUAGUGUAAUGCCUUUGGUAUUUGUUUUUCUGUGGUGUUUAAUUGUCGGUGAUUUCAAGAAUUUCCAGGGCAGCCAAAAAGCUUAUAGUGUAUUUACCGCAAAGGAUCCUAUUAAUUGCUAUCAAAAUUAUGUUGAACCCAAAAAGUCUAAAUAAAUUAAGUAAAAACAUUUUUACACUAUUAUUAAAAUAAUAAA